GCGGCGCUCCCAGAUUCCUGCCCCCGGCCGGAGAUUGGCUGCGAGGCGAGCGAAGCGGGCCCGUCGGGGCGCGCGUUGCUCUCCAGCCUUGGCAGCGGUGGCCGGGAAGGCGAGCCGCCUCCGCUCCGCUUCGCCCCUCCUUUCCUCCUCCUCCUCCUGCUGCUCCUGGGAUCGCCUCCCCUCCGCUCCAGCGGCUCCGUCCCUCGACCGCCUCGCGCGCAGCUUUCCGCGGGGCGCCCCGUAGGGGCCAGGCGAGAGGCGCGCUGCGCUCCUCCGCGCCGGGCUUGGCCUGCGGGCCGCCAAGAUGCCCUCGCGGGGGCUGGCCGUGCUGUGGAUGCUGGCGCUGGGCUGGCCGGGCGCCGCCGACGCCGCUUCUGCCUCCGCCGCUGCCGCCGCCUCGUCGUCGUCGUCGGCGGGCCCCUCGGAGCGGACGGCGCUGGCGCGGGAGCGCUUCAAGGUGGUCUUCGCCCCCCUCAUCUGCAAGCGGACGUGCCUGAAGGGCCAGUGCCGCGACAGCUGCAAGCCGGGCAGCAACAUGACCCUCAUCGGAGAGAACGGGCACUCCAUGGACACCCUCACGGGCUCCGGCUUCCGCGUGGUGGUUUGCCCUCUGCCCUGCAUGAACGGUGGGCAGUGUACAUCUGGGAACCAUUGCUUGUGCCCUCCGGAGUUCACAGGGCGAUUCUGCCAAGUGCCAGCCGGCCGCCAGAGCCAAGGCCAGCAGGCCCGACUGCCCGGUGAGGGCCUCGCCAUGGAGACGGGCUCCAGCAAGCACGCCAUCUACGCAGUCCAGCUCAUCUCGGACGGCCACGGGGACACGGCCUCCGGGCCCGGCUCGAAAGGCACCGUCAGCCAUUCCACCUUCAUGGUGCCUCUGGGCCCUGGACAACAUUCAUCCGAAGUUCAGGUGCACCAGCCGCUGGUCAAUGUCCGGGUACAUCACCCCCCGGACGCCUCAGUGCAAGUCCACCGGAUCGACAGCCUCAGCUCGGAGGGAAGUGGGCCGGGCAGCCAGCAACACCUGAUCCAGCACCCUGCUCCCAAACCCGCUUAUACCCGGCCCCCCACCCAGAAGCCCCUCGGACGGUGCUUUCAGGAAACGAUGCCUAAACAGUCGUGCGGAAGCAACCCUCUCCCGGGCCUCACCAAGCAAGAAGAUUGCUGCGGCAGCAUCGGCACCUCCUGGGGGCAGAAUAAAUGCCACAAGUGCCCCCACUUGCAAUACUUGGGGGUGCAGAAAACGCUGGGGAGUGACUGUCCACAGGGAUACAAGAGACUGAACAGCAGCCAUUGCCAAGACAUCAACGAGUGUGCCAUGCAAGGAGUCUGCCAGGGGGGUGAAUGCUUGAACACCCAAGGGAGCUUCCGCUGCGCAUGCAAACCAGGACAUGUCUUGGGGCCUUCGCGGACCCAUUGUGUGCCGGAGAAGGCUGGGGAGAAGAGUUUGUGCUUCCGACUGGUGAGCCCUGAGCACCUUUGCCAGCACCCGCUGCCCACCAAGCUCACCCGCCAGACCUGCUGCUGUAGCGUGGGCAAGGCCUGGGGGGCCCGUUGUGAGCGCUGCCCGGCCGAUGGAACCGCUUCUUUCAGAGAGAUCUGCCCUGCAGGAAAAGGCUACCAUAUCCUCACCUCACACCAGACUCUGACGAUCCAAGGCGAGAGCGAUUUCACACUCCAGAUCCACCCAGACGGCAACACAGACUUGCAGCAACAACAACACGUGGAGCCGCCCACCCGCCCACCUGUGGGCAGCGACUCGCAGGAGCCAGAAGUCAUAACUCCAGCUAUGUUGCCCAGCUAUGUGACCACCUCGGAGCAGCAGCCCGUCUUCUUCGCCAACACCCCCACCUUCGGACCCCGUUACCCUGCUGUGAUUGCCAAGCCUACGACCGCCAUCGUGGUGAAAUAUCCCGAAGAGGACAAGAACGUGAGCGAAUUUGACAUGCCCCCCACGCAGGUGACAGAGACGGACGUUUGUAAACUGAGACGCAACAUUUGUGGCCACGGCGAGUGCAUCCCAGCAAGCCCCGGCUACACCUGCCAUUGUUACCAAGGAUACCGCAGGCAUCCCCAGCACAGGUAUUGUGUAGAUGUGAAUGAGUGCGAGCUGGAUCCUUGCGGCGGCAGUGGGAAGGGCGUUUGCAUGAACACCGGCGGUUCCUACAACUGCCACUGCAACCGUGGCUACCAGCUGAAGGUCCACAAGGGGGUGCGGUCUUGCGUGGAUAUUGAUGAAUGUGCCAAGCCCAAAGUCUGUGGGGACGGAGGCUCCUGCAUCAAUUUCCCGGGACGCUACAAUUGCGAGUGCCAUGCAGGCUACCGGCUCAAGCCCUCCCGCCAGCCCCUCUGCGAAGAUAUUGAUGAGUGCCUUGACCCCGGAACUUGCCCUGACGGGAAGUGUGAAAACCGGCCCGGCAGCUACAAAUGCAUCCCCUGCCAGCCAGGCUUCCGGGGUCGAAAUGGUGUGUGUGGAGAUGUGAACGAAUGCGCCGAAAGCGCGCUCUGUAAGCAUGGCCGGUGUAAGAAUGUCGACGGCUCCUUCCUCUGCAUCUGUGACGAUGGAUUUGUCCCUGCACCCGAUUCCCACAGCUGUCUCGAUAUCAACGAAUGCGAGAAUGGGUCUCUCUGUACCUACGGUUCCUGUGUGAACACCUUGGGAUCCUUCAAGUGCCAGUGCCCCGUCGGUUUCCAGGCCGUGAAGGAUGAGCCACGCUGUGAAGACCUGAAUGAGUGCGACUUCCCUGCAGCCUGUGUUGGUGGCGAGUGCCUGAACACCCUGGGCUCUUACCAGUGCCUGUGCCGGGCUGGCUACCAGUUGGAGGGUGGUCGGAAGUGCCAAGAUGUUGACGAGUGUGCAAAUGACCUUGACCUCUGCCAGCCGCACGGGGCCUGCGAAAACACCGAGGGGUCCUUCGUGUGCGUCUGUGAUGAUGGAUUUGCUCCUUCUGAAAACCAACAGAGCUGCCAGGAGCUGCCACACAACAAAAAGGAAUGCUACCUGAACUUUGAUGACACCGUCUUCUGUGACAGCGUCCUCGCCACCAACAUUACCCGCCAGGAGUGCUGUUGCUCACUUGGGGCAGGCUGGGGAGACCACUGCGAAAUCUACCCUUGCCCUGUGCUCAAUUCUAUUGAGUUCCACACUCUCUGUCCGGAUGGCAAAGGCUUCAUUCUGGAUGACACUAUCCUCAACUAUGGCAUCCCAGCACAUCGUGACAUUGAUGAAUGCGCCUUAUUUGGGGAGGAGAUCUGCAAAGAAGGGAAGUGUGUCAACACCCAGCCUGGCUACGAAUGUUACUGCAAGCAAGGCUUCUACUAUGAUGCAAACCUCUUGGAAUGUGUCGAUGUGGAUGAGUGUUUGGACGAGUCGAACUGUGUCAACGGGCGUUGUGAGAACACGCGCGGGAGCUUCCACUGCUCCUGCCCUGCAUCCACCACCUAUGACUCCAACCGUAAGAAGUGCAUACCAGCCAGUGAAGUUGAUCUGGAUGAGUGCCAGGACCCCAGGGUCUGCAAACUUGGGCACUGCACCAACACCAUCGGCUCAUUCUCCUGCGAAUGCCCGCCUCCCUUGACCUUGGACCCCAGUGGCAAGGAGUGCCAGCUCCCAGAGACACAAGCGGACAGGGUGACCGACCUUCGCGACGUCUGUUGGCAGCAGAGAGGGGAGGACGGAAUGUGCUCCUCUCCGUUCAAUGGCCAGCAGCUGAGCUACGAGGAAUGCUGUUGCCGCUACGGCAAAGGCUGGGGCUACCUCUGCCAUGCCUGCCCACUGCGUGGCUCAGGCCUUAACUGCCACUCUACUCCAAGCGAGAGCAACUCCUUUUGGGACUUCAGUGCUUUGUUUGGCAAGGUGCACAAAGAUGCAGACAGUUCUGAAGAGGAUUCUGAUGAAUGCCGCUGUGUGAAUGGCCACUGCGUCCGCACCCAGCAGGGCUUGGUCUGCGAGUGCUCCCCGGGCUUCCAGCUCGAUGCCAGCCAUACCCGCUGCCUGGAUAUUGACGAGUGCCUGGAGCUCAACCACCGAGGGCUUCUGUGUAAAACCGAACGCUGCGUGAACACCAGCGGCUCCUACCGCUGUGCCUGCAAGCCGGGCUACGUCCGCUCCCGGCCCCAUGGGAUCUGCAUCCCCCAGCGCCAGCGGUAGCAGGAUGAAGUGGGGAGAGCGAAGAAGAGAGUGUGGCUGUAAGGAGGCCAGCGCCCUCCCUCCCACCCUGGCGACCUCUUGGCUGCCUGCUGCCGGAAACUGUAUACUGGGCUAGGAGGACAUUUUUGUCUGGAACCAAAAAGGCAUUUCUGACAUUCUUGAGGACUCUUUUCUUUGUUUGUUUGUUUUUGUACCGGCUACGAUGAAGGGGCAUUGAUUUGAUGUUUUGUUAUAUAGGUUGGCUCCCCUGUCCCCCGUUUUACGCUCCCCAACCCACCGGAUAUUUAUCGUUAGGGUUAAAACUGCAGUCGGUUUGCACUUGUUUCUGUAGGCUUCAGAAAUAAAACUCUCUUUUUUUUGUACAUAAUAGAUGUUGGUGGGGGUGGGCUGGGGGAAACAAACAAGUUUCAAAGUUAAUAAGCCAAUUAAAAAGAAAAGAAAAGGGAGGAAGAUCCUGUUGCGGUUU